CAAAAUGGAUAAGAUCGCGCAAUCCGCGGUUAGUGGGGUUAGGCGGGGUUCAGCAUCUGAUCCAAAGAACCUUUGUAAGCCGUAGUACCAAACGGGGGUAAACUCUGAUGACAGGAUCAACCCUUCAUGGUUGCGGUUAGAGACAUCGGCCGAACCUCGGUUAAGCCCAACGACCUUCCCUCUUUAUCUCCCAUGGGAAUUGGAGAUGGCGAAAUGUGCAACCCUUCAAGACGACAUCGUUGACACAGUGGAACCUUGGGUGGUAGUACGCGGGCGGCGUGCAGCUCGCUUCAAAUACAGACAAAAUGCCGGGCACAACCUCUUGUGAGGCGGCGCCGCUGCUUCCAGGCUCGACACUCUCGUAUCGACAGCGCAGGCAGCCGGUGUCUGAUAUGGCGUCAAAGAUCAAAGAAGCCCUCUGGGGCCCGCCAUCAGUCGAGCGAUCGCUGCUUAUCAAGCUUGAUUUCACCGUGCUCAUCUACUUUUCUGUCGUGUGGUUCUUGUUCGGCGUCAACCGCGCGAGCUACAAUACGGCAUACAUCAGCGGAAUGAAGGAGGACCUGAAUUUCCAAGGAAAAGAUUUUAACUACAUGCAUACAAUCUACCUCGUCACCUACGCCGUAUUUCAAAUUCCCUCAACCUCAAUCCUAACCAUUGUCAAACCCCGCUACGUCUUCGUCGCAGCAAAUACAGUCUGGAGUGUCCUCACCCUCGUCACAUUCAGAGCAACACACGUCUACCAAAUUUUCGUCCUCAACGGCUUCGAAGGCGCUUUUUCAGCCAUCGCAUAUGUCGGCGCGCACUUCAUCUACGGAUCAUGGUACAAGCAAUCCGAACUCGCAACCCGCGCAGCCGUCUUUUGCGCUUUUGGCAAUCUCGGCAACAUGGCAGGAGGGUGGAUUCAGGCGGGACUCCUCGCGUCUCUAUCAGACGGCCCGAUCGAGCCCUGGCGACUUAUCUUUGUGGUGGUUUCGUGCAUCACUAUUCCCUUUGCCAUUUUUGGCUGGUUCGCUAUACCAGAUCUACCAGAGCACCGCGCAGCAAGAUUCUUGACCCCGGAAGAGAGGGAACUCGCUGUCACCCGCCUCGGCAGAACAAAAACAAAAGCAUGGGAUAGGAGCGUGUUUCAACGUGUCCUACUCAGCUGGCAAUUCUGGCUCCUCCCAACCGUUUUCAUGCUAUACUCCCUCAGCGUCCAAGCAAUAGGUAACAAUGUAAUCCCCCUAUGGAUGGCCUCGCGGGGCUACUCCGUAAUUCAGCAAAAUAACUACCCGACCGCAACAUACGCCACGGGCAUCGUCGCGACCUUUGUCUACUGCGCCGUCUCCGAUAGGCUCCGGUCACGUUGGCAGGCCUCGCUGUGCAUCGGGUUCACGUUCAUCGUCAGCAGCGCAAUCUUGAUCUCAAACCCGCCGGAUGCAGGGUAUUUCUUUGCGUUCUACCUGAUGGGCACAACAUAUGCGCCGCAGGCCCUGUGGUACUCGUGGAUGGCGGACCUGACGGCGCACGAUCUGCAGCUGAGGGCGAUUACGACAGGGUUCAUGAACUCGUUUGAUUUUGCGUUUGUGACGUGGUGGCCUCUGAUAUUCUACCCCGUGACGGAUGCGCCUAAUUACCGAAAAGGAUACAUUGCUAGUUUAGUGACGGGCGCGUUGACUGUGCCAGUAAUUUUGUUAAUUGCCUAUCUUGAGAAGCGGGGGAGGAAACUUGGUAAAGUCGGCAGUGCCCACGAUGAGCAUGCAGAAAGGUCGAGGGAUUAGGGUCAGAAAAGUGAGGGAGGCAACAUUUCAUAAGCUAUGCGUGUUUUCAACAACUUACCUUCCCUUAGAGGACUACCGAGAAGUAGUUUGUGUCAGGUUAUGAAACAUAAUUUGAGUCCCGGAUAGGCAUAUAGACAUCGUUUCUGACAUAGGAAUCUUAGGCAAUCUUCUGCCUACUUACGACCCGAGAAGUGAAGAGAAUGACAUGGGAGAUCACUGGAUGCAUUUUGGGAAGGCAUCGCGAGUACCAUGUGGAAUCUGGACCGCAGGCUGGUACGUUCUGGCAUCACU